UUUAAUCUAGAUUAAAAUAAACACCAUUUUCAAGAAAAUGCAAGCAUCAAUUCGAAUUAAUCAAACUCUGUUUUUCAUUUAAGUGAAUCGAAAACAGUAAGUGAAACCCUAAUUACUACAAAAUCUAGUUUAAAUUAAUUCCAAAUUAGGCAACAAUUGUAUAAUUUAACAUAUUAAACACCAUUUUCAAGAACAUGCAAGCAUCAAUUCGAAUUAAAUAUUGGAAAGUAAAAACGGACGAAACCCUAAUUCCAACUUCAAUUGAUAAAUUAUGCGAAAUCAGCCCACGAUUGUUUAAAUUAACAUAUAAAACACCACAAUCAAGAUAAUGCAUGCACCAAUUUUGGGAAAAAGUUACUUAACAAAAAAGCCCUAAUUUAUCAUGGCUCAUCUGCAAACAUUUAUUGAAAAAACCGACAAAUUGAAUGAAAAUACCUUCGUCCCAUCUUGAUAUUCUUGUUCUCUUCCUGGUGAGACCUUCCCACUUGGAAUCAGCAGUCCUCUUUCCUGAUACGCAAGAACCCAUUUUUGCAGAAAACUCAGAGUAAUAACUUCAAAUUCUUUUAAGUGUUUGAGUGAGUAAAUGGCAAAAAGACAACUGAGAGUGAAAAUGGAGGGGGACCAUAUAAAUAGGAAGUGAAAAGGGGGGAAAUAGGGUUAGGAACAGUAAAAAAUUACCGCCAAAACAUUAUUAGGAAGGAACCAGAAAAAACGUGGGAAGUUGGAAGGUUUCCACGUGUACACAUUGAAAAAGUAAGUUGAAAAGGCUAAGUAAUUGGAAAACGCUUAUUUUCAUCAAAAUCAUCUGUUUUCAAUCAUUAAUCUACGUGUAUAUUAAUUCUCCUUUUAUUUUAAUAAUUUUUAAUAUUAUUAAAUGCAUUUUAACGGACGUUAGUGACGAAAAACAAAAAGCAGCGUUUUCCAUCCAUUUUGAGGGACCUAAAUGCUCCUUUUGAAACUUUGAGGAACCUAACUGCUCCUUUUGGCAAAGUUUAGAGACCUUCAGUACAGUUUACUCAGGAAAACAAUGGAAAUUCAUCAUCAUCAUCGUCAUCGUCAUCAUCUCUGCAAUAUUUAACAUUUAUCUCCAUGGAGUUACUUGAUGUGGCAAAUCAGGUGUAUCAACGUGGGGAUAAUUACUUGAUGUGGCAAAUCUAUCAUCACCAAUGCUAUCCAACCUGAAACAGAGAAGAAGAAGCCGCCGGAGAAGGGAAGCACCAACGCACCUCCCUUUCCGCCUUCAUAGACGUUCCUCCGCCGCCGAUCCGCCGCGUCGUCCUAGCUAGGGGCUUUUCCUUGAGGAGAAAGGAGGCACAUUUGAUAAUUUGGGUUCUUCCUCGUUUCACAGAACUGUAAUAGAUGCUGUCAACCUUAUCUUCCUCGUCUUCUUUUAUUUGGUACUUGCGCUAACAAUCUGUUACAAAGAGCAAAACCAAAGGAGUUACAGAAGGAACUGGUUCUUUUUCAUCGUUACAGGGAGUAGUUUGGUUAUCCUUAGCUGUGUCUUUGAACGUUCAAAGAUCAAGACGGGUCAUCAAGGUUUUAGUAUGUACAUGGUGGACAUCUUUCUUUGUACUGUCCUCAGUUUUAGACGCGGAGUUACUCAUAAGAGAACAGAUUCAUGUCUCAGAUGUUGUGCAGUGGCCGAUAACUGGUUUGUUGUUUGUUUGCGCUGUCAAAGUGAUGAUGCUAAGACAUGAUUCUAGUUUAUCAGAGUCAUUAUUAGUACCUCAACCUCACCGAGUUAAGCUCAGUUUCUUAAGUAGUUUGAUCUUCACUUGGCUUAAUCCAUUACUUAAAUUAGGCUACUCGAAACCCUUAAGUCUCGAGGACAUCCCCUGUCUGUUUUCUGAAGAUGAAGCGAAUUUAGCCUACAAGAAGUUCAGCAAUGAGUGGGACACCUUGAUGAUCAAAGAUGCAAAGAACAAGCAAAAAAACCUGGUUAUUAGAGUCUUAGUUAAAGUUUACUUGAAAGAGAUGAUAUUUGACGGGGUACUUGCUUUAACUAGAACGAUAACUGUAGUCGUUUCACCCUUACUACUCUACGCUUUCAUCAGAUACUCAGAUGACAGCAGUACUGAUACUACUGAACAUGAUCUGUAUCGAGGUCUGUUCUGGUUAGGAUGUCUGGUAGUUGUAAAGGUGGUUGAAUCUUUAUCACAAAGGCAAUGGAGUUUUCACUCGAAAAAGUCAGGAAUGAGAAUAAGGUCUGCUUUAAUGGUGGCUAUCUUCCACAAACAGAUGAAACUCUCUACUGUGGCUAAAAAACUGCACUCCACUGGUGAGAUUGUUAACUACAUUAUGGUGGAUGCUUAUCGGAUGGGUGAAAUCGCGUGGUAUUUUCAUUCAUCCUGGAAUUGUGUACUACAGCUUUUUCUGUCACUAGGAAUACUUAUAGGAGUUGUGGGAUUAGGAGCUUUACCUGCCUUGGUCCCACUCGUUAUCUGCGGGGUAUUCAACAUCCCGUUUGCCAAACGACUUCGGGAAUGCAAAGCCGAGUCCAUGUCAGCGCAGGAUAAAAGACUUAGAUCAACUUCAGAGAUCCUCUGCAGUAUGAAGAUCAUUAAGUUACAAUCAUGGGAAGAACAUUUCCUGAAACUGAUAAAUUCACUACGAGAUAACGAGUUUAAAUGGUUGAGGGAUGCACAGCAUAACGUUGCUAACUGUACCGCGUUGUUUUGGUUAUCUCCAACGAUAAUUUCUUCAAUGGCCUUUUGGGGUUGCUCGUUUUUCAGGAGUGCUCCGUUGGAUGCUGUCACGAUGUUUACUAUCAUUGCGACUUUAGCUGUUAUGGGGGAACCAGUUGUGCAGUUGCCUAUGGUUUUCUCUUCAAUGAUCCAAGCAAUGGUGUCGUUUGACAGGAUCAAUAAGUUUCUGCUAGACGAUGAAGUGGAUGUUACUGAUUCAGUUGGAAGCAGUAUAUUCACAAGUCAAGAGAACAGUGUAAAAUUACAAGCCGGAAAUUUCAGCUGGGAUUCAGAAUCUCCAACAUUAACCUUGAGAGACUUGUCUUUAGAGGUGAGGCCGGGUGAGAAAGUUGCAAUCUGUGGACCUGUUGGAGCUGGGAAAUCUUCGCUCCUAUAUGCUAUACUCGGUGAAAUGCCCAAAAUUUCUGGCAGGGUUGAUGUGUUUGGAUCAAUAGCAUAUGUUUCUCAAAGUGCUUGGAUACAAAGUGGGACAAUUCGUGAUAAUAUAUGCUAUGGUAAGCCAAUGGACAAGAACAUGUAUGAGAAGGCCAUCAAUGCUUGUGCACUGGGUAAGGAUAUCAUGAACUUUAGCCAUGGUGAUCUGACAGAGAUUGGCCAAAGAGGUAUAAAUUUGAGCGGAGGGCAGAAACAGCGGCUUCAACUAGCUCGAGCUGUUUACAGUGAUGCUGAUAUUUACCUCCUUGAUGACCCUUUCAGUGCAGUUGACGCGCAUACUGCAGCAGCCUUAUUUAAGAACUGUGUCAUGGGUGCUUUAAAGAACAAGAUUGUGAUUCUGGUCACCCAUCAAGUAGAGUUUCUGUCACAAGUUGAUAAAGUUCUGGUUCUGAAAGAUGGUCAAGUUACACAAUGCGGAAGCUAUGAGGAUCUUUUGAUGACUGGAACAACAUUUGAGAAGCUUGUCAAUGCUCAUAAGAGGGCAGUCACACAGUUAGGUCCUUCAAGUAUUGCACCAGAACUUGACAAGGCGGCAAUUGAAAGACCAAUGGUGUUUUCCAACACUUGUGACGACAACAAAGACACUCCUACGAAACUUUUACCGCAACAACUAACAGAAGAGGAGGAGAAAGAAGUCGGGAAUGUAGGAUACACGCCGUACUUGGAUUACAUAUCUACCUCGAAAGGCUUAACUGUGUUAAUUCUAAGUGUGAUCUCACAAAUUGGUUUUGUAGCUUUGCAAGCUGCUUCAAGAUAUUGGUUGGCUUACGCCGUUCAGAUCCCUGAACUAAGCAUGGGUAAACUAAUAGGGGUUUAUGCUGGCCUUUCUUUCCUUAGUAUAAUAUUUGUACACCUGAGGUCUUUGUUCACAGUUCAGCUAGGUCUUAAAGCUUCCAAAGCUUUUUUCGAGAGUUUCAUGAAUUCGAUAUUCAGAGCUCCUAUACUUUUCUUCGAUUCAACUCCAGUUGGACGAAUACUGACUAGAGCAUCAUCAGAUUUUAGCAUUUUGGAUUUUGAAAUACCUUUUGGAAUUUCCUAUGUCUCGUCUGUUGCAAUUGAGGUCACGGGGAUUAUUCUGGUCAUGGCAUUGGUCACCUGGCAGGUACUCAUUGUGGGAGUUUUUACCCUGGUAGCAUCAAAAUAUUUUCAGAUUCAGUAUCAAGCUUCUGCAAGGGAGAUUAUACGUAUAAAUGGAACCACAAAGGCACCGAUCAUGAACUAUGCAGCUGAAGCAUCUCAAGGAAUGAUAACUAUUAGGGCAUUCAAAAAAGUAGACCAGUUUUUCGACAACUACCUGAAACUUGUCGAUACUGAUGCAAAGCUUUUCUUCUACUCAAACACGGCUAUGGAAUGGUUGAUUUUAAGAAUUGAGGCUCUUCAGAAUAUGACACUCUUUACAGCUGCUUUUCUGUUCAUUAUACUUCCUAAGGGUUCCGUUCCCCCAGGAUUUGUGGGGCUUUCUCUUUCCUAUGCUUUGUCAUUGAAGGGCAUCUACGCCUUCAUGAUACAGUGGUACUGUAACAUAUCAAACUACAUCGUUUCAGUUGAAAGAAUUAAACAGUUCAUGAACAUAGAACCCGAGCCUCAAACUGUCGUUGAAGAUAAUAGACCUCCAUCUUCUUGGCCUUCAAAGGGUAGGGUUGAGCUACAAGAUCUCAAGAUAAAAUACCAGCAAAGUGCUCCACUCGUACUCAAGGGAAUCACUUGUGUUUUCAAAGAGGGUACAAGAGUAGGAAUCGUGGGAAGAACAGGAAGUGGGAAAACAACACUGAUAAGUGCAUUGUUUCGGUUAGUAGAGCCUCACAGCGGAACAAUCUGUAUAGAUGGCGUAAACAUUUGCAGAAUUGGACUCAAAGAUUUAAGGACUAAACUCAGUGUCAUUCCUCAAGAACCAACUCUCUUUCGAGGUUGCAUUAGAUCUAACAUGGACCCUCUUGGUCUAUACUCUGAUGCUCAAAUAUGGGAGGCACUGGAGAAGUGUCAACUUAGGCUUACAGUGAGCAGCCUUCAGAAUCAGCUUGACUCAUUAGUUGGUGAUGAAGGCGAAAAUUGGAGCAUGGGACAGCGCCAGUUAUUUUGUCUAGGGAGAGUCCUCUUGAGAAGGAACAAAAUUCUGGUGUUAGACGAGGCCACGGCUUCUAUAGAUUCUGAGACUGAUGCAGUCCUUCAGAAAAUCAUCAGAGAAGAAUUUUGUGAAUGCACUGUAAUAACGGUUGCGCACAGGGUCCCGACUGUAACAGACAGUGACAUGGUCAUGGUUCUCUCUAAUGGUGAGGUGGUGGAGUAUGAUGAACCCUCUAAACUGAUGCAGUGCAAUUCGGCGUUUUCUAACCUUGUUGCUGAAUAUUGGUCCAGCCUGCACUGCAAGGUUAGCUCCUCCCAUAAACUCGGCAAUGACUAGUGACAACAUUCAUAGACAAAUAGCAAAAUGUCAUGUUUUUAAGGCACAUCAAGCUUGGAAAAACAACUUCAUGCUAUAGUAUACUUCUACUCUUAGCUAGUUGUUUCAAAGAAUUUUCUUUACAAUAACUGCAGAAUUAGCAAACAUUUAAUUCAAGUACACGAGCACAUUAGUAAAUGGAAAACAACCUCUCUGUAAUUGUAAUUGUAAUUGUAAUUGUAAUCGUAAUUGCAGGGGUAAGGUUGAUUACAUCCAACUCCUCUCCCUUAACCUGCUUGUUUUCGGAUCCACUCUGAAGGCAAUGAAGGUAAUGAUAAUGA